CCCCGAUAUAAUUUAGUACCGCCUUGCCUUAGACAACGCAGGGCGUCCCCCUUUGAAGUCAGUGAUCUGCAACAUGGCGUACGUCUCGGUCGAAGCAGAUGAACGUCUUGAAGAAGGACCAGAAGGGCUCGAGUUCAAAUCGUUCCUUGGGUCGAAUGCAGGGGGUGGCCAACCUACACCCCGUAACCUUGAUCGAGGAUACAUGACAGACGCUCCCAGUAGGAAGAGUCCCGCGGGGUUCUGGUCCGUCGAGUUUUACCAGCCAUACUUCGAUGUUGACACGAUCACCGUGUUGCAACGCUGUUACACUACCCUCCUGCCAUGGUCAUCUUCAUACUUGUCUACCUUCUCAGGUGGCUUGGAUUUGUACGGAACGUUCUGGGUCCCGACGACGCUCAUUCUCGCACUUUUUAUGUCGUCUUCUCUGGCUGCUAGCGUUUCCAGUUACUUGUCUGCCCCUGGCUCAGAGUAUGACUAUGAUUUUGCCCUGCUGGGCUUGGCUACGACUAUAGUGUAUGCCUACGCGUUUGGGUUGCCGAUAGGACUUUGGCUUGUCUUGCGCUAUUUGGGUGUGGGUGAGUGGGGUAUCGUGGAUGCCCUCGGCGUAUGGGGUUACGGCCUAUUUGUGUGGAUACCAGUCUCGAUAUUGUGCGUGAUACCGAACUGGAUCGUGCGCUGGGUGCUCGUAGGAAUUGCAUUCGGCUUGUCGGGCUAUUUUCUCGUCGCAAAUGUCUACCCGAUUCUGGCGAGUGCUGAUGCCAAAGCGACGCGCCUUCUUAUUAUUCUAGUCGCCACCCUCCACGCAGCGCUGGCACUCACGUUCAAAAUCAUUUUCUUUAGCUACUACGUUGUAGCGGACACAGGCCCCGGGACUGACCCAACACCGUGACGUAGGAGGUGUGGUGUGUACAUGUACAUAAGUAGGCUAUAGAAUCUCUGGUAGUGACGCCAAUCUACACAUGAGUG